UAAUUGAAAUAAUAGCAUAAGAUUGUGUUUCUGGGGCAUAUUUGAACCAAAUAAGAGCUAGAAUGAUAAGUACUAUUUUUUGUAGUUUUGAAUACGCCGAGAUUUUGGUUUACUGUUUGUAGAAUUUACAUUGUUGGGUUCUUUGGCUUCUUUUUUUUUUCUCUCUCUUGUAUCUCUUGUAGAAUUUACAUUCUCAUCCUUUUCUUUUUUUCCUUUUCUCUUGUUUCUCAAACAGAGUAAAUUGUCACAUCUGUUCUAGAAGAUUCUUAUAAUAUAUGCUUGAUGAUUUGCAUUUCAAACACAGUUUUGUUGAUCAUAAAUCUAAACCACUAACGUUCGGGUUUCCAUCUCCUUUUAUUGUUAUUGCAUGGAGACUUUAGCAUGAAUAAUCCAUUAUUUUGUAUUCCUCCUUUUCCUGGUUUUCCUUGUGCAUGUCAAAUUGCAUGCUGAACAACUUUCUAAUUACUACUCAUAAUCCUUUCCAUCUACAUUUUUCGAAAGAGAAAUGAUCGCCCAAAAUAUGAUCAUCGGUUACUGUAUUUGGGGACUCAGGGCAAGGCAAAGAAGUUUGUUCAAGCACAGGAUCUCUGGUUUGAAAUUCUAAAAUCCCAGAUAGAAAGUGGAACGCCUUAUAUGCUUUUCAAGGAUACUUGUAAUAGAAAAAGCAAUCAACAGAAUCUGGGGAUAAUCAAGUCUUCGAACUUGUGUACUGAGAUCAUUGAGUUCACUAGUCCUACAGAAACUGCAGUUUGCAAUUUGGCAUCAAUUGUGUUAUCACGAUAUGUCAGGGAGAAGGGGGUCCCUAUUGAGUCACACCUAUCUAAGCUGGUUGGAAGUAAUGGUUCUCAGAACAGAUAUUUUGAUUUUGACAAGCUAGCAGAGAUUACUGAAAUAGUUACCACAAAUCUCAACAAAAUAAUUGAUGUGCAUUACCACCCUGUUGAAACUGCGAGGAGGUCCAACAUGCGCCAUAGGCCAAUAGGCAUAGGAGUGCAGGGUCUUGCAGAUACUUUCAUAUUACUUGGCAUGCCAUUUGAUUCACUGGAGGCUCAGGAGCUUAACAAAGACACUUUUGAGACUAUCUACUACCAUGCUUUGAAAGCUUCUUCUGAGCUUGCUGCAAAAGAAGGCCCUUAUGAGACAUAUUAUGGGAGUCCUGUGAGCAAGAAUAUUCUACUCUCUACUGCUGACAGUGAUUCUGGGAACUCCAUUUUGAGGUUUUCAAAGCUAACUGUAUAACUGGCUGUAGUCUCUAGACCAGUAAUGGUUAGCCGCAUUACUAUACCUAUCCGAAUGUGGAAGUUCCCUGACAUUUUCUGAUGUGCAUGAUGGUUAACUGCUCUGUUUUUUCCCCUAUCUACUCAUCUGACAAUUCAGGGCACUUCAGUUGGUAAACAUUUGGAACUUGUCUUUUUCUGGCAAAAUUUCCCUUUUUGCUGUGACACUAUUGAAGAUGAUUUUCUGUUUUGCAUUUCUGCUUCUUUGUGCAUGUGCCAUUUUGGUGCUUGUGCGUGUAAUGUUGCUGCUGCCAUGUGCACAUGCUCAGGCAUGCCCAUGUGGUGAGUGGCUGUGCAAGUGGCUUUUGCAGGGACAUUUAUUUCAAAGUUAAAAAAAACUUUAAUAUUCAUUGUAUGUGGGUUAAUGUAUGCCUCAGAAUCACUUAAAUGACCUAUUUAACAGAUGAGAAUAUUCUUUUCUUAGGUUCAAGUUUGAUGAUGAACGGGUGACAAAAGAAGAUAUGAAGAGGGCAAUAUGGUGGUUUGGAAGAGGUGAGGAUUUGCUGCAGAAGAAAUAAACUCGGAGAAUACAACAAUAGCACAACCACUAGGCCCUUCUCCAUCUAGUCAUUCCCUGCAUGUGGCGCUCCCUCAUCAAAAGUCACACCCCCUAUAUACCAGCGCAGGGUACAUAGCCUUUGAUGAAUAUGAAGGGAUUGAGGUGGCAUGGAACCAGGUGAAGCUAAACCUGGCAUUCAAUCGGCUGAGUCAGAAUAUUCCAUUCUCCUUAGCUUCCUUGAAAUCUCUCCGUUAUUUGAAUCUGAGUCACAAUUCCCUCUCCGGUUCCAUUGGGGACAAAUUUACUGGUCUGAAGAAUCUAAAACAAAUCCAAAACAAAUGUUCUGGACCAUGGUGAAAAGAUUGAGCUUCUGGUAGACAAAACAGAGAACCUCCGCUCACAGGUGGUGAACCUCAAUAUCAUUGCGGGCCUGAACCUGCUGAAGGACUCCAAAAUACUGGUGCUGAUGCCUUUUACUGCUACACAGUUCACCAAAUAUCAACAGAAGAAACCGGUCCCUUGGAAACAAUGGCAAUCAUUGGCAACAAGGAGAUCAUUGACAUUAACCAAGAUAUGUUAGUUGCUUAGACUGGUGUAAAAAGAAAAAA